UUUGAACUGAAAUAAAAAAUAUAUUCCUACGAAUUAAAAGAAAUAUUUACCCUCUUCGUGAACCAUGAAUUCUUCAAAAAUAAUGUUGGACACCUACAACCUCCUUAACCACACCAAUUACUUGGAAAACAUGAGCUGUUUGGCCGUGAUGGAUUUCCACUUUAGAUAUCGCUGUGAAAUGGCCAGACGCAUCGACCACUGCAGAUUCAUCACAAAUUUCUUCAAUUAUUUUGUGAUGAUGUACUGCGCCUUCAAGAUAGAUAACAAAUUAACUGAAGUUGCGGUGAUGUUGCUGUUUGGCUUGAUCUACUGCGUUUUCCUCUGCAUCCUAUACUUGGGCAUCAACUACUACUUCUUACCAACCCUGAAGAUCGCUGCACUUAGGUUGCGGAUAAACGAGUACAUGGCGGGCGUGUUGCUGGUGGGCGUGGCCAACUCAACUCCCGAUCUCCUGGUCAACUUAUCGCCAGUCAGGCAUGAGUCGUUGACCUUCAACAUAGCCAUGGCCAACGCCCUGACGAUCAUAUGUCUGAGUGGCGGAAUGGUGUGCUUCAUUCGGCCCUUCAGGAUGAAUGGUCACAGUGUUUUCCGAGAUCUCCUCUUUCUACUGUUCACAGUGGAACUGGUGCGGCUUUUUAUUAAAAUUAAAUCUAUAACGGCAUUGCUAAAGGGUAUUUUGGUACUGUCUAUUUAUCCACUAUAUCUGUUAAUUAAUGUAGUCGAUCUCUUCCUUCACCGUUUCACAAUCAAACAGCUUCGAAUGGAAAUUGAAAUUCUGAGACACUCUCCGUCCUCCCUGAAACAUGAUAACAGGUUAGCUGAAAAAAUUCUUCUUCUAAAUGAUCUCGAGGAGGACGAUGACAUCCAGUUCCGUGAAUCGAAAAUAUUUCGCCAAGGAUCAUUCCAUGCCGGUUUCUUUGUGACACCCAAGCUUCUUAUACGACAUAGGCAAGUGGACGUGGAAGCAAACCGAACAAUGCUAUACAACAAGGCCAACCCGAAGAAUCUCCUCCUGAUUAACGAGUUUAUCCAUUCAAUUAAUCCCAUUGACUCGGAAACUUGGUACCUGAACGGAAAAUGGGGACGUUUUAUAUGUAUCGCCAAGGCCCCAGUUAGUUUUAUGCUCCAAUUGUUAGUCCCAUUCGUGGACUAUCAGAAGGUUAAGCAUGGUUGGAGCAAGUUGCUGAACUGCAUACAAAUAGUAAUAAAUCCUUUUGUGACCUUAACAUUGGUUGAGACAAUACUUGAUGACAAAUACUACGAUUGGUACACCCUUCUUCAAUUUGAUUUGGCGAUGUGGUCUUUAAUGGUAACGCUGCCCUUGGCCUUAGUCGUUUUUUGGCACUCACGCACUGACAUUCCGCCGUUUUAUCAUUACGCUUUUUGCAUGCUUACAAUAGUUACCGUGAUUAUAUUCUGUUGGAUUUGUGCCUGGGAAAUGGAUGCGCUCAUAUCGAUCAUCGGCAUUGUUUUCGAUUUGUCUCCAUCCUUUAUGAGCAUCACAUUCAACACGGUGUCGGCGGCAAUGGCAGACUUCAUUUCCUACGAGCAUCUCGCCCAGCAUGGUUACGGAAAGAUGGCUUUUGGCGCCGUUAUUGGCGGUUCAGUCUUCAACAUGGUUCUCAACGUAGGAAUCGAGUUUGUGAUGCAGAAAAAGGUCGACUCGCACGGACAUGUGAUAUUGUUUGGAAACGAGGGCGAGACCAUCUACAUAUUCCUCGUGCUGACCAUCACAACCACCAUGUGGUGGUGCCUGACCUUCAAUUUUCUUGCCCGCCGAUCCGCUGGUGUGUUUUUGUGGUGCAUAUUUAUACUGUUCUUCGUUUAUUCGACUGCAAUUGAAUUUGAAUGGGUCCAUGGUUUUGAGGACAACCCUCACAUCAACCCAGUUGGUGAAUAA